CUCAUUUGAGAUUGCUGUCGGCUUCUACAAGGCCAGCGGCUCGGCAGCCGUCAUUUCUUGGUUAUCGUGAGUGGCGACAGGAUUAGAUUGUAGCUGAUUACUGGAACAAGAAGGUGGGGAAAUGCUUGACUCAGAAAUGAAUAUCAUCAUUCAUGCAGAAAAUGAAAAUGAGAAAAUGAUCUUUGUAUCUCGGAACGUUCGUGUUCAUAUCCAUGGAGUGUUUGUUUUUGUUCCGAUUCAUCCUACGGCUAUCUUUUACUUGUUCUGUCUUCAUUCUCUAUAAUUAAUGCUGCAUCAACAUCAGUAUCAGCAUUAGACUAA